AGCCUUCUCUCAAAGGGUUUCCUCGCCGGGCUUCCUCCGGUCCGUGGGAAGCUCGCCAAUGCAGCUUGCGGCGCUGUAAGUUGCCAGGUGCAUAGUCGGACAGCCAGACGCAGCGCACGUGGUGCCAAAGAUGGCCCGUGUUAUUUUCAUCAUUUUGGCCGCCCUAAGCGGCACGGAAUGCGUGUGGGGACACAAGGCCCGGCUCGCAGGAGGGCCUGUUGCCCUGGCACCGGCACCGGCACCCAUGCCAGUGGUUCCACGCCCAGAGCCGAGGUUGAUGCCCUCCCUCGCGGACGGAAGGUGGACCUUCGUGGACGGCGACGCCGGCGUGCGGAGCCAGUCCUACGAGAACUCCAUGUGGUUCUAUGCCCAGCGGCAAGCCGCGCAGGCCACGGCGGGCGCCGAGGGCGCAGAGGCAGAGCAAGCGCUGGCCGCGCUGACCAAGUCGGCGGCGCUUGAAAUGCUGAUGCCGACCCUGACCGAGGGGCAGUGGAAGUACUUGAACCCUGAUGGCAGCGUGCGCAUCGCAGGGGCGGAGCCAAUCUUGUCUAGCUUCGCCCCGGCCUCCGCCCCUUCUUCCGCGGCCGCGCCGGCACCGGCGGCGGCGCCGGCGGCGGCGCUCUCAGCACAGUGCUCCGGGCUGGCAAAAGCAGCGGACUUCCUGAAGUGCAAGGACGUGCGGGUCAUGAGCUCUGAGAGCUUCGGAGGUGCUGGGCUGGCGCAGCUGGAUGCCGUUGGCCAGCUGUUGGGCUGCCAUUGCGGGGUCUGGGCCGAGACGUGUCCCAUGCAGAGCUGCCCGACGGUGUCUCAUGCGUGGGAGGGGCCGUCUUGCUUGGAGGCUGGUGCCACGGACCUGGGCUUUGUCGGCCUCUCCCACUCACGCCAGGAAUUGCCCAAGGUUGCCGCCCCAGAUCACGACUUUGCGCAGGGCAGCAUCUCUCUGUGCAUGUACUGGCUGCCAGAUCCGCUUCCUCACCUGGAAGAACCCAAAGCACCAGGGUUGACGCCCGCGCCCGCGCCGGCCAGGUGAUUUCCGGCCGUUACAGCGCGUGAGCAAAAGAGUCCUUCUGCUGGGGGCCAUCGUGAAGCUGUGUCGGAGCGCCGCCGGGUCGAGGACUACGCCCGCUUCCGCCGGCGGCGCUUCGAGGAGUGGGAGCGACACUUCGCCGCGG